AGAUGGCGGUGUCCUCAGCAGGACGCGUUGUGAGUCUUUGCAAGCAGUUUCAGAACAUAUGUCGUUUAUCCUCGCACAUAAACACUCAGACUGCUGCUAGGACCAAUGUCAAGCCUUAUAUUUGCAGCAGGGCCAAGUCUUGGUGCGGGAACCAGGUCAGCCUGCUCCAGACUCGCUCCUUGCACACCAGCGUGGUCAGAAGAGGCCUGGAUGAGUUCUUUGACUCGCCCGAGAACUGGGGAGAGAGCAAAGUCAAGUCAGGUGCGCCGUGGACGGCCAAGCACCUGCGAGCCAAGAGCAACGAAGACCUGCACAAACUGUGGUACGUGCUGCUGAAGGAGAAGAACAUGCUGCUGACCUUGGAGCAGGAAUCCAAGAGACAGAGGGUCCAGAUGCCCAGUCCGGAGAGAAUCAGGAAGGUGGAGCGCUCCAUCAUCAGGCUGGAAACGGUGGUGACGGAGCGAGAAACGGCGCUGCGUUUGCUCCAGACGGGCCAGGAGAGAGGGCGACCGGGGGCCUGGAGGAGGAACGUGUUUGGAUACAACUACUGGUAUCGCUUCAAGGAGUACGCCAUUCCCUGGUACAUGAACAGAAGAUACAAGCGCAAGAGGUUCUACACCCCGCACUUUGUUCAACCUCACAUAAGGUUACGUAUAGAGAAGUUCCUUCGAGACCGCUGCAGGAAAUCUAACUUGGAGAAGAAGACGUUGGCCAAACUUAGAGAAAAGUUUCCUCAGAUGAAGGUUCCAGCCUCCUGAAACAUCACAGACAUUUUAGGGGGUGAAAAGCCUCCUGUCCCUUAAUUGUUGUAUAAAAUAAAUACAUCUUUUAUGUAUGUGAGCAUAUACAAUAAACAAUGACCUAGCAAU